AUGGCGCUUGUCCUCGGCCGUGUCGGCGGCGGCUGCCGCCUCCACCUCCGCUCGCCUCAUGUGGUGGCAUACCUCGGCGAUGACGGCGCCACGGGGGCGAUGAGGAACCUGCACAUGGAGCUGGUGUCCGGCAGCAGCGCCGCGGAGGCGACGGCGGUGGCGCACGGGGGCCUCGGCGCGCGCGGCGUCCUGCAGAGCGUGGCCGCCGCACUACGGUACCUGCUCGAGGAGGCCGGCGUCGUGCACGGCGACGUGAAGGGCCUCAACGUGCUCCUCGGCGGCCGCCGCGACGCCCAAGGCCAAGGCUACGGCGGCGCGAAGCUCGCUGACUUCGGCGUGGCGAGGUUGGUCUCCGACGACACUGCGACGACGCCGCGCGGGCCGCCCGCAUGGAUGGCUCCGGAGGUCGCGCGCGGCGGUGUGGCGACGCCGGCGUCAGACAUCUGGGCCCUGGGAUGCACCGCGCUCGAGCUGCUCACAGGGAACCGCCCGUGGUCAGAGCUCGGCGGCGCCAGCGAGAUCGGGGAGCUGCUGCUCCUCAUCGGGUUCAGCGGAGGAGCCAAGGCACGCACGGGGUAA